CGCGGAAAAGGCGCCCAAAAGACGGAACAGCAGAGAGGAUCGGCUGGAGAAUUGACGGUGGAAAACUGCACAAAGUAAAGUCAAGAUCCUCCUGCUGUAAAAAAACCAGCACUGACCAGCAUGAAUUCCCCUUCACUCACUGUCUACCAAUCUGCAGUCGGUUCAGCACGAAACAUUAGGCUCACAGCAACAGAUUAAGAAGAAGAAUCCUGCAUCAAAAGAUGGCUUCAACUUGCAUGUGAGACAGAGCGAGAAGAGAAAAAGAGGAAUGAAGAUGGACUGUCUAAGAAACCUAUUCUGCAAGGGGAAUGUUAACUCUUGACCACACCUGUGAUUAUUAAUUAUUAAAAUGACCAGCGAUAUCAGAAACCAGUUGUGUGUCUAUGAAGAGUGACCGGUCAAUGGGAUGUCCUCCAAAAUUCAGUGAUAGAGGCUUUCAGGAGGAGUCAGAGAAACUGGACAGAUCAGUUGGAAAAGAAACCAGACCAUCAGCAUCAGAGACAAAUACAAUGCAUCUCAAGUCUACAAUGCAGUUAAACCAAAACUAAAAAUGAAGUUUCAGUGUCUGUAUGAGGGAACUGCAAAGCAAGGAAACCCUACACUCCUGAGUAAGAUCUACACCGAGCUCUACAUCACAAAAGGUGAAAGUGAAGACUGUAAUGAACAUGAGGUGAGACAGAUUCAGACACAAUCCAGAAGAACUGCUAUAGAGGACACAACAAUCAAAUGCAAUGACAUUUUUCGGUCUUUACCUGAACAAGACAAACCAAUCAGAACUGUGCUGACAAAGGGAGUCGCUGGCAUUGGAAAGACAGUCUCUGUGCAGAAGUUCAUCCUAGACUGGGCUGAAGGGAAAGAAAAUCAGGACAUCCACAUUAUAUUUCCACUUCCUUUCAGAGAGCUCAAUUUGAUACAUGAACAAAGACUCAGUCUUUUAGAUCUGCUUCACACUUUUUUUCACAGAAACAAAAGAACUGGAUGUUUGCAACAGUAAAUAUAAAGUGUCAUUCAUUUUUGAUGGUCUGGACGAGUGUCGUCUUUUUUUGGAUUUUCAGAGUAAUGUGAGAAUGUGUGAUGUCACUGAAUCAGCCUCAGUGGACGUGCAGCAGCUGAUCUGAUCCCCUCUGAGUGUGUCCAUCAUGUGACAGAGGUAUGAGGCUUCAGUGAUCCACAGAAGGAGGAAUACUUCAGGAAAAGAAUCCGUGAUCAGAGUUUGGCCAACAGAAUCAUCUCACACCUGAAGUCAUCAAGGAGCCUCUUUAUUAUGUGUCACAUCCCAGUGUUCUGCUGGAUCUCGGUCACUGUUCUAGAGAAGAUGUUGAGUGAAGCAGAGAGUGGUGAGAUUCCCAAGACUCUCACUCAAAUGUACACACACUUCCUGAUCAUUCAGACUAACAUCAAACAUAAAAAGGACUAUGAGAAGUGAAAGACAAAGACAUGAUUCUCAAAACUGGGGAAACUUGCUUUUCAGCAACUUGUGAAAGGAAACCUGAUCUUCUACGAGGAAGACCUGAGAGAGUGUGGCAUUGAUGUGACAGAAGCAUCAGUGUACUCGGGAUUGUGCACUCAGAUCUUCAGAGAGGAAUUUGGCUUGUAUCAAGGGAUAGUGUACUGCCUUGUUCAUCUGAGCAUUCAAGAACAUCUUGCAGCUCUAUAUGGACACACUGUCCUUCAUAAAAGAUAACAUAAAUGUAUUUGAUCUGAUUAACAAAGGAAGGUUUUUGUCCAGAUUUUUUAACUUUAUGAAAUUCAAUUCAUCAAAACAGAUUUCGAUAUCAAAUCUCCAUCAGAAAGCUGUGGACAAGACAUUACAUAAUAAGAAUGGACAUUUAGACCUUUUCCUUCGUUUCCUUCUUGGCUUCUCACUGGAGUGCAAUCAAACUCUUUUACAAGGCCUAACACAGACAGGAAACUGCUUGCAUAACAAAGAGAAGUUCAGUACAUCAAACAGAAGACCAAGAAGAAUCCCUCUCCUGAGAAAUUCCUCAAUCUGUUUCACUGUCUGAAUGAACUAGGUGACUGUUUACUAAUGGAGCAAAUUCAACAUUAUGUGACAGCUGGAACAUUAAAUAAAGUGAAACUGUCCUCUUCACAGUGGUCAGCUUUAAUUUUUGUGUUGUUGACAUCUGAGCAAGAGAUGAAUGUGUUUAAGCUCAAAGAUUUUGUUGGAUCACAAAUUAAAGCUGAAGUUCUUCUAAAGCUGCUUCCUGUGGUUAAAGCAUACCGAUCAGCUCAGUUGAGGUAUUGUGAAAUCACAAAUGAAGGUUGUGCUGCUCUGGCUUCAGCUCUGAAAUCAAACCCUUCACACCUGAGAGAUCUGGAUCUGUCAUGGAAUAAACUAGGGGACUCAGGAGUGAAGCAGCUCUCUGAUGGACUUGAGAAGCUUCUAUGUAAAAUUAAGAAACUCUGGUUAAGUGAUUGCAGUGUCACAUAUCAUGGUUGUGAUGCUCUGGCUUCAGCUCUGAGAUCAAACCCCUUACACCUGAGAGAACUGGAUCUGGCUAAAAAUAAACUGAGAGAGGAAUGAAGCUGCUCUCUGAUCUAAGGAAUAAUGCAGAUUAUAAACUUGAGACACUGCGGUUUUAGAUGGCAGUCUAAUCUCGUCAGAACCAGCUAAUGGUGAAUCAGAAGACACUUCCGAGAAUUCACAGUCAACAGAAUACAAUGGAGGCACAGUGAACCCAAUGUAUGUGUGUGUGUGUCUGUUACAUUAUAAUUUCCUUGUGCUUCUCUCAUCAUAGACUAAUUUCUCAAUAAGUUAAACACUAUUCUUGUGUUGAUCACAAUGUGCAAGUCGGUUAAGUCUGUUAUAUUUAUUCCAAAAUAUUAAAUAUAAGAAUGUAGUAACAGUUUUCAGAUUUUGUGUAUUUUAUUUGUGAACUGGAGUUCAGACAUGGAGAUUUUACCUUUUACUCUACCAUUAAUUUCCCCAAGCUAAGUGUUCAAUAAAAACCGGCUUACUCACAGAUUGUUAUUUCAAGUAGAUCAUUGGCAAUAAAGUUGA